AUGAGUGAUUUGAUUACUGAGCAUUGUACUACACUUGAAACAUGGAAACAAAAUAGUGAAUAUUAUAAACAAGAUGAUGAUAUUUUAAAUGAUUUGGAUACUGAAUUACUUCGUCUGAAGUCAUCAAAUAUUGUCAUUUUUCGUCAGGAAUUAAAUAAGGUAGUUACAUUAUUAUGUACUAACGUUAUUUAUCUCAAUGAAACAAUACUAACAUUUCUUCGUGAUUAUUUUAUUGAAUUAUUUCAACAAUGGCGUGAAUUAACUUAUUUUAAUGAUUCAAAUGAUUCUAAUAUAUUCGAAAAUUUAUCAAUAAUAUUUACAAAUCUGUGUUACUCUAAUCAAUUAGAGAAAACAUCUUUAAUUGAAGAGUUUUGUGAAUGUCUAAAUACAAUUGCUCGUAUGGGACAACCUAUGUUUACAAAUUCACAUAUUCCUGUUAUAAAUCGGCUACUUAAUAGUUAUCUCAAUAUUGAAAGUCAUAAUAAAAGUCAACUUAUCGAAAAUUCAUUAUUUAGAGUUGUUAUAAUAAAAUGUCUUUGUGUUUCUUAUACAGUUGAAAUCUUUAAUCAAUUGAAAAGAUCAGCAAAAUCUGAAGAACGUUCUCUACCUGAAACAUUUGUCUUCUCAGUAUUAUUACAUUACGUUUCAUGUUUGAGUACAAACCAACUUGAACAAAAUGCACCUGAUUUACGUAAACAUUUACUUCCAUCAAUAUAUGAUUUACUUAAUGAUUAUGCAGUAUCACUUACAGAUUGGUCUAAUUCAGCUAUUAAUAUCCUUACAGAUGUAACUACUACAUUUCUUUAUCGCGUAGACAUGACUAUGCCGCACGAUGAAGAUUUUGAAGUACAAGUUUCUAUAAUCAACGUUGCUAUUCAAAUCGUAUUAGGACAAUGUCGAUCAGCAAAACUUCAUCAAAAUUGUAUUCAGUAUGUUUACACAGGAACAUUGUCGGAUAACGUAUUGGAUUAUUUAAAAAGUCAAAAAUUAACACAAACAAUGUUGAAAUUAUGUACUAUGUAUAAAGAUGAAGCAGAAAUUCAAUUUAAUAUCUAUCGAAUAUUAGCAGCAAUAAUGACAGAAGAUGAUAUUAAACGACUUGAUGAUCCAGGAGCUAUAGCUAAAGUAUUUCUUGAUCAUUUAAGAGAAGUAAUGAAUUGGGUAGGAUGGGAAGUACGAUUGAAAAACUUAUUAUCGAGUUUAAAAAUCUUAUUACAGCAUGAUCAAAUUCGUGAUGAAGUAUAUAAACAAGAUGGCAUACAACUUUUUAUUAAAUGUGCAACUAAGACUAAAUUUGAGGCACUUGUUCAACAGCGAGCACUUGAAAACCUGUUAAUAAUGUCAUUUGAUAAAAAUGUUUCUGAAAGUUUAUUAUGGAUAUUAACCAAAGAUGAAACAACAGAAGUCUCACAAACGAAUCAAUCUUCAGAAACAACAUAUGAUAUUAUGAUUAGUUAUUCACAUAAAGAUAAAGAUCUAUGUUUUCAACUUUAUGAUCGUUUACAAAAAGAUAAUUUUCGUGUAUGGUUAGAUCGUGAACAAAUGCAUGGAACACCUUUAGAAGCGAUGUCUAAUGCAAUUGAAAACUCUGAAUUUGUAUUUAUUUGUAUGUCUGAUGGAUAUAAACAAAGUGGAUAUUGUAAAAUGGAAGCAUAUUAUGCAUUAGAACGACAACGUUGUAUAAUUCCAUUAGUUAUGAAAUCCCAAUAUCGGCCUGAUGGAUGGCUUGGCAUUGUUGUUACAGGUAGAAUGCGUAUUGAUUUUCCGAAAUAUGGUUUUGAUGAUGCUUACGAUAAAUUAAUGAUUGAAAUUGAUCGAAAUCGUAAAGAAAAAAAGAUAGACAUGAAUCAAAAUUCUGCACGUCAUCAUGAAAUGCCGUCUGUUAGUAAACCAUCACAUAAUACACAGAUUAUAGAAGAUAAAAAAGUAUUAAAAGCGACUUAUCAAGCAAAAAGUGACCAUUGUUUACCUUCAAAUAUUGAACAAUGGACAGUUGAUGAUGUUCAACAAUUUUUUGUUAAACAGCAACUUGAAAAUUUUUUACCUAUCUGUUCACAAAUGAAAGGUACACGUCUUCUUGCAUUAUACAAAAUGUGUAUGACAAAUUCACCAACAAUGUUACAAUCUCUUAAUAAUGAAUUGACUACGAUGGAAAAGCAUGGGGAAAGAAAUGUUAUAGGAAUUGCAGAAUAUUUACAAUUUUUAGAAGAUAUUAAACCUUUCGUGCCCAUUUCAAACGAAAAAUCUGAUGUAACUGUGCCUCGAUCAUCUUUAUGUACACUUUUGUAA